GAGGGUCGUCUCUACCUCUACAAAAGCUCUUCUACUUCUACUUCUACUGGGAUAGCCGUGGUCCCUGCGUAUACUAUAGAGACGCUAAACGCUGUUGCAGAUUUGCAGAGAGUGCAUCCGGGGUCAGAGGAGUUGUUCACCCCCUCAUUGGAUGCAUCGUAUUUCCCAGAGAGACAGCGUGAUGUGCAUCAACAAGUUUUACAAUGGGGGGAUGUGGCAGAGCUCCAGGACACAGCUGUGUCGGUGAUGCCCAGGGUCGUAAUUGCCCCAAUCCAGGAGCUACCUCAAAGCGGAGCUGAAGAGGCGCCCUUUGAAGGAGAAAACAAAGAAUCAUCAGAGACAGACCGCACCUCGAUUUCACCUGAGCAGGAAGCCUGUCAGUGUCGUGGGAACGGGGGUGAUGUAGAAUGUGAUUGUGUGUGUUAUAUUCCAAACACCCCCAUCAGUCAGAGCCCCAAAGCUAAAGUAAUCCCGCAGGCUCAUGCAACAUCAGACGUCUCUGUAAAUACAGAAGAUAUUGAUGAGGCAUUUCAAUGUGGUCAAGCAUUGGAUUGUUCUAGUAUCAACAGCAGUCUUGAAGCAGUUGAUCACAUAAACCGUCCUGAACAGAUAACAGUAGUUGAGGAUGAGGCACUCUUCGAAUUCUGUGCCGAUACUUCACGCCGACACACAGUGUCAAAUGCGAUACAUCGCCAGCUAGAAUCCAAAGUUGAUAAUUUACAAAAACACAUCAAUAGUCUGGUGAAUGCAGUGGGUGCAUUGCAGAUCACCAAUACAAGUCUGUUUGAUCUAGUUACGUCCUUGGUUGCAGCGUUAGACAGUCGCAGCAGAGACCUCGAGACGACAGAGGCGCGGCAUCUACAGCGAGCAGUAGCUCUCGCCAGACUACUAACACCGUUGAUAGCCUUAUUUACAGAAGACCGUAGCAAAAAAUGAUGUGAAGCAGUCAUAAGGGUCUGUAAAAAAUAAAAAAAAAAUAAAUAAAAAUUUCCAUAACAGAAAUGGAAAUCCCCGCCAAAAAACGUAAAAAAUCGGAUCAAAGACGUGUACACAACAACGAAACCAAUGUAGAUGCUUUGUGUGCAGAUGACUAUAGCCGUGCUGAGUGUAAUCACGAUGCUUAUAUUCAGUUGUGCGAAAAACUGGGAAACAAAUUCCAAGAUGUACUGAACAAUAGACGCGCGGCUGCCAACGGUGCUACAUUUCCCCAAGAAACAGUCAGCCUUGUCACCAAUCAGCCAUCAAAUCACACCCCACCGUUAGCAUGUCCAGACAGGCCUGUGGACUGUGUCGGAACCACCCGGCCAACAAAUCCUGAUAACACUAGUCAAACAUGUUUUGCGAGUGUCCAAUCGUCAAGAUGUAUACGUUCGGAUGAUUAUACAAAUCCACAGCCAUCCACCAGUACAUACAUGGGGCCACCUAGAAAUCCGCAGGCCGCAAUGCAAUGUGGUGAGGGACGUUCGUCUAGGGUAUCAUCCGAAAUAUCAUGCAGAGAGAUUCCUCAUUUUAAUGCAACAGAGUUCCGCCAAGAUGUUGACCUGCGAAACAUAAAUUUGAGCGAUAUCGGUAGCGUACCAGACCAAGUACACAGAACUCUAACAGGGUUAAUCGACAGGGCCUUAGACACUGCAACACAGGAUAGCGUUUUAAAUGUAGAGCUACGGGGUCCUGCUUUAGUGGCGCCUAUCCAAACAGUUCUGAGCUCAAACGAUAAAUAUAAUACAGAUGAAUUUCUGGAGCAAAUUGCAGACGCUAUGCAAAGUAACGACACCUCAUUGACCGAUGAGUCGCUAGAAUUCGUUGUGACACUAGCACGCAAUAUGUCUGGUGGGUCUCGACUAGAUCUGGGGGGCGUAUGCUACGAUGAAAUCUUGACUGGUAAGUGUAAUGCUCUAUACAAUCCGAUGAAUACCAAUGACAACGAGAAUCUUUGCUUCGCUCUCUGUCUGGCUCAUUAUGUAGAUGCAAGAAUGACUCAAAGCGAGAAGAUAGAUUAUGCAAAGCAGCUAUAUAGGGAUGUCGGGUUUGAAUGUACGCACAAGGUGUCGUUCUCUGAUGUUGACAGAUUUCAGAGACAUUUGGAUAUGAAAAUCGUGAUAUUCCAUCACGCGGCCGGGCGUAAAAAACCAGAGAUUUUCAAAACACAUGACAAACAGCAUGUGAAAACUGCAUGGCUGUAUUUACACGGUAAACAUUUCUACCUCAUUGUGAACAAAACUUCAUUUUUCGGCUCUAAAUACGUGUGCGAUACUUGCUACAAGGCCUAUCAAAAGCCACUGGACCACAGCUGUAGUCUGAGGUGUAAUGUCUGUCUCACUGCAUGUAUACCGGUGAAAACUAUCAGGUGCUCCGACUGCAAGCGCAUAUGCAAGUCAAAGCAAUGCUUUGAUCAACAUAAAAAGCCUGAUGUAAAGCAUCGCAUCAUACCCUGUGACAGACUCAAAUAUUGUGACACCUGUCACAUGACUUACAGGGUGUCAAAAAACAAAAAACACACCUGUAGGCUGCCAAAAUGCCCCCAUUGCGGUGAGCACGUAGUUGACUCAGCUCAUGAGUGUUACAUACAGCCCCUUGAAAAGGCUGAAAGUAAUGAUAAGUACAUCUUUUACGAUUUCGAAACAAGGUACUGUGACAGUCGGCACGAGGCUAAUUAUGUAUGUUCUAUGAACAUGAAAGGUGAAAAACACUGCUUCGAAACAACGAAAUGUGUGGAGUUAUUCAUCAGUCAUUACAGAAAAAAGAAAUAUAAUGGCUACACCUUUAUCGCCAACAACGCCUCAGGCUUUGACAGCUACGUCGUUUUGGAAUAUCUGGUGAGUCAGCGUGUCUGUCCUAGUAUUAUCAUGCGAGGUUCUAGGGUGAUCGUGAUUAUAGACUCUAAAUUCAAACAGCGAUGGAUCGACUCAUUCAGUUUUCUCCCCAUGGCGUUAGCUAAAACCCCUGCAGCAAUGGGUUUCACUGACGUGCUAAAAGGACAUUUCCCACACGCCUUCAAUACGCGACAGAAUGAGAAAUACAUCGGUCCCUAUCCUGCGCCAGCUCUCUAUGGCUACGACGCUAUGACUGAGCCGUCUAAGAAAGCAUUCAUGGAAUGGUACGACACUGUUAAACACAAGCAGUUCAACUUUCAGGCAGAGUUGUCCCGCUAUUGCAUUAACGAUGUGGCCGUCCUGGUUAAGGCCUGUAAAAUGUACAGGGACGCGUUCAUUGCUUGUACAGGUCUAGACCCCUUUACAUUUACGACGCUGGCUGUAUCAUGCAUGGGGGUGUUUAAAACGUUGUUCAUCCCCAGAGACACUGUGGCGCUAACCUAUGAGGGAUCGUACGUUAAGCAAAACAAAACGUAUUCAGACAUCUCAAUACAGUGGCUCCAGUAUGUAACAUCCAGAGACAACAUCUACAUCCAACACGCUCUUAACAGAGGUGAAAAGGCCUUUGGGCCGUUUUUUGUUGAUGGGUACUGUCCCACCACAAAUACGUGUUAUGAAUUUAACGGAUGUUUCUUCCAUGGUUGUGACAAGUGUUAUGGACAGGCCGAGAUCAAUCCUCUCACAAAUAAAAAGACACAUGGCGAGCUGCUCAAAGAGUUCAGUGACAGGGUGUCAGCGCUGAAGACUGUCUAUGGGCUAACGGUUGUGGUAAAGUGGGAAUGUGAUUGGAAGCGUGAUGUGAGCAAUAAUCCAGACGUUAAAAGGUUCAUGUCAGCAUAUGAAAAACCAGAGCGUCUCAACCCUCGAGAAGCCCUCUUCGGAGGGCGAACAAAUGCAGUUAAGUUGUAUCACAAGACAGAAGGUGAUGAAAAAAUCAGAUACUAUGACUUUAAAAGUCUGUAUCCAAUGGUUCAGGCACAAAGAGACUACCCCAUCGGUCACCCUCAGAUAAUCCACCGUGACUUUGACGACCUAAAAACAUACUUUGGCCUUGUGAAAUGCACUGUGGCUCCCCCUAGAGGCCUUUACCACCCAGUUCUCCCCUAUCGCUGUCACGGUAAGCUGAUGUUCCCACUAUGUGGCAAGUCUUAAUAAGCUAUUGCUUAACAGUCUUUGGGGUCGCUUUGCGAUGCGUAACGACAUGCCGUCUGCUGAGCUCAUAACCGCCCCAGAACGUUUCACACAGCUCAUGUUCAGCGAUGCUGUCGACGUUCGACACUUCUCAUUUAUCUCUCCAGAGGUUGCCAUUGUUCAGUGGCGCCAUGCAGAGAGUCAAGGGUCCAGAGUAAAAGAUGUGAAUGUGUUCAUCGGGGCUAUGACCAGCGCCUAUGCUCGUAUGGAGUUGUACGGUUUGCUGGAUAAGCUGCAGGACAGAAUUCUUUAUUGUGACACAGACAGCGUCAUUUUCACAAGCAAAAAAGAUGAGUGGGUCCCCCCUCUGGGGCCAUAUCUUGGAGAGUUGACAGAUGAGCUCAAUCACACACAAGCUUGUGGUUCUCCUACAGAGGAAUAUAUAACAG